CAAGAAACCCUAAGUCAUAGAUCACAGGAAAGCUGUAGUCAAGUAAAGUAUGAAGAAAACAAAACUGGGUAGAGAGGCAAAUAGCAAAGGUUUAGGGCGGGAGAAGCCUGGAGGCCAGUAUAUCCUAAGGUGAGCAGCAUUUCAGAAAGACAGGAGCUGCUCAUUUGUCUGCUCCCAUGCUGAAGAGCACAAACUUGAAAGGCUUAACACUAGAUUUCAUCAAAUGUCAAUUUGAAAACCAGGCACAGGCUACAGUCCCCCUUGAGUGCAAGGGAAUCUAUAAGAGCUAGGUAAGGACUGAAAGCAGCUCUAGAGACAGAAUCUAGUACUCAUGAGAACUAACACCAGGAUUAGUAGGGGUUCUUUAUUUGGGAUUCAAAUUUGUUCUUCUCUGUUAUAGUAAAGGAGCCACCUAUAGCUGAGGACAAGGAAGUCUAAGAAAGCAGAAUCAACAGUGGUUACAAGAGGGCUUACUUUCCUUAACGUACUUUUCACGAAAGCCCUAAAGUAGUGGCUGUUAAUCUGUUUGGUGGUUUUGAGAACUUGAUGAAAACCAUGGAUCCACUUCCUAGAAAAUACACAUACACAUGCAAUUUUGCGUACAAUAUAAAAAACUUUACAAAAAUCUCUAAAUCUAUCCAUGUGACCCUCUAGGACUUCACUGACCAAUAUGGGAGCCAGUAGGUAGCACUUUAGCAACACUAGCUGCAUUUUAAGUGCUCAGUAGCCACCACAGCAGUACGUUCUAUUGGACAGUGCUGCUCUAGAAUUUCAUGAACCAUAAGUUAAGAACUCCUGCCUCAAAUGAACCCCGAUAGAUCUGCUGGCCUGUAACCCCAUUCCCAAAUAGCAACUACUUUCUGUCUGAAUACACAUAGGCCUCAAAGAAAUGGAGGAAGAGUAUUAACAGUAAUUUUGAGUAACUCUGAACAUCCAUGUAGCUUUAAGUAUCCACUAAUAACCUAAAAUCAAAAGGAACUUACAUAGCAAAUAAUUCAUCCUUCAUUCUUCCCAUCUCAAGGUAUGUAUAGUUUUGCAAACGUUCCCAUCCUGCAAUAUUAAUCCAAGUGGCUUUUCUAUGAGAUAGGGUAAGUCUUCAGGAAUUUACUGCACACUGAUAAUAGCUAAUAUUUAUUGAGUUCACAGUAAGUGCUAGGUACCGUUCUAAGCAUCCUACAUAUGUUAGCUCAUUUAAUCCUCACCCAAUGUUAUAAGGUAGGUAUAGAAUUAUCCCCUCAAAACAGAUGAGGGUCUGAGGUUUGGGGCUUAGCGAGAUUUAAUAACUUGUCUGAGAUGACACAGUAAGUGCCAAAUAACUGGUUAUAAGGUUAGAAUCUAUAGUCUCUUGUAAUAUAUCUAAAACAUGAAAAUGGUCUUAGAUGACUCUGAGGUCACGUUUUCUGAAAUGGACCUAUACCUGGUCAUGCGUUGAGGCCUCUGGGCCUGCAUUUACAACAGCUUGUGAACCUGUCAUUUUCCCUGGCAUAGAACAAGAAAAUACUGAGGACUCUUUCCACCCCGACAUUCAAAAUCAACCCUCUCCAUCCCCACAUCACCCUUUACCAUCAUGGUAGCCUGAACUUCAGCGACAGACUAGCUGUGUGACUUUGAGCAAGUGAUUUAACUGACACUCGGUGCCAUUAUCUGUAACAUGGGCAUGAUAAUAGCGUCUGCUUCCGACAACUUUGUGUGUUAUGAGAACCAGUUGCAUGUAAGCAGGCGCUCAAUAAACGGUACUGGUUGUCACGAUUCACUCCUAGGACGCUUCUAUCUCCUGAGCCCACAGGCCUGACCGUUGCUGAAGGGAAUGGAGGAGCUGGGGGGGGCCUUGGCCAUGGACACCCGCCUCACCGUUGGGCCACCCUCCUCCCUUGCGGACACAAAGCCUUCAACUGCGCCGGGCAGGGAACCGACCCUCCGGGUUUGCUUCCAGUCUCUCUUCACAAUGAAAGUUCACGGCCGAGCUAGGAGUAAAUAACGAUCCCGCUCUCGCAGGGCUGGACAAUGAACGGCAAGUCCCAGACAAGUUUAAAAUCGUGAGCCGGUGGCGCGGGGCCAAGUCCCGAGCGGUCCACGGGGACGUCCAGCGGUCCAAAGCAGGGCUCUGGCUGGGCAGGGGGCCGACACCGGCCACCAGUCCCAGGCCCGCAUACCCCCAGCACUACCGCGCGGGUUUGACGGUUUCCCGGUUCCGGUCUUCGCCGUUCCCGCACCUGCCCAUGGAGCAGGCGCAGGCGCAGUCACCUGCCGCACCACGGACUGCAACUCCCGGCAGGCCCCGCGGGACGCUGACUCGGGCGGGGCAGCUAAUUUCCCGGCCUCCCUGAGACGCCCAGCUGGCGGUUGAGUUCGCCCCGGCUGGAGAGCCUCCGAGGCCGCCGGGGCGGGUGGGGGCCUCUCCUACAACCCUAAGUAACCGAAGUGGGUAGAUACUGCCUUAUAUCCGUCAUGUCCCGGACGGUGAUUCUCAAACUUGCUUGUGGGUGAAUAAUUUCUCGGGGGGAUGUUAACAGUUCAGAUUUCAGGGCCCACCUCGACACUCUGAAGAACUGGAUCUCGCGUGGCUCGAGGGUUUGUAUCUUAGUGAGAUUUCCGGAGAAUUCUCACCCAGGUAAAUCUUCCCUUCUGGUUGGUCAAAUCUGUGCCGAGAUUUGACCCGAUGGGCGCUACAGUUCGCAGAACGUGACCCGGAAGUUGGUUCCGGGCAGGCGCAGUUGGCUGUGGACGCUUAACUCGCGCUCUGAAACUUCCGACGUGGGAGCCAAACACUGAGUCCUGCGUGAGUCCGCGACGACGCGAAAAGCGUGGCGCUCAGGUCCUGCCCUAAGGAGGUCCUGGGGAGGGCUGGCCAGGGGGCCGGCGCGACGGCGACCGUGACCUACUGAGGCCUAAGUGCCGGACGCGGCUGCGACCGGGCUGAAGGUGGGCUCUUCGGCCGUAACUUGAAGUCCCGGGUCCCCCGGCUCUCGCGGACGCCUGCCAUCCCUGAGUGGGACCGGAGGCUCCGUCUCAGGCAGGCGCAACUGGUUUUGGGGGCUACCACACUCCGGGGUCCUGACGAUGGCGUCGGACCCGGGCUAUCAAGACCGGGAAGGGCUCCUGAUAGUGAAACUGGAAGAGGACUGCGCCUGGAGCCAGGAGCUGUUGCCGCCAGACACAGGGCCUAGCCCGGAGGCCUCGCACCUGCGCUUCAGACGGUUCCGCUUCCAGGAAGCCGCUGGCCCCCGGGAAGCCCUCAGCCGGCUCCAGGAGCUUUGCCAUGGGUGGCUGCGGCCUGAGAUGCGUACUAAGGAGCAGAUCCUGGAGCUGCUGGUGCUGGAGCAAUUUCUAACCAUCCUGCCCCAGGAGAUCCAGAGCAGGGUACAGGAGCUGCAUCCGGAGAGCGGCGAGGAAGCGGUGACCCUAGUGGAAGAUAUGCAGAGGGAACUUGGGAGACUGAGGCAACAGGUCACAAACCAUGGGCGGGGAACAGAAAUGCUUUUGGAGGAGCCUUUGCCUCUGGAAACAGCACGAGAGUCACCGAGCUUCAAGUUGGAGCCAAUGGAGACUGAGCGAAGCCCUGGCCCCAGGCUGCAGGAGCUGCUAGGCCCCAGCCUUAAAAGGGACCCCCAGGCUGUAAAGGAGAGGGCAUUAUCUGCUCCCUGGCUUUCUCUCUUUCCUCCUGAAGGAAACAUGGACGACAAGGAGAUGACUGGGCCCCAGUUGCCUCAGAGCUUAGAGGACGUGGCUAUGUACAUCUCCCAGGAGGAGUGGGGGCAUCAGGAUCCUAGUAAGAGGGCCCUCUCCAGGGACACGGUGCAGGAGAGUUUUGAGAAUGUGGACUCACUGGAGUCUCAGGUUCCCAUUCAGGAAGCCCUGAGCACCCAGGUGGAACAAGGAGGAAAACCAUGGGUUCCCAGUGUCCAGAGUUGCAAGGAGGGCGUGAGCCCCAGAAGUCCAGCUCCAGGGGAAGAGAAAUUUGAGAACCGGGAAGAAAGUGCUUGGUCCAUUUCCCCCAAGAGCAUUCAUCCGCAGGCUCUGCUGCCUGGCCAGGCCAGAGGGGAGGUGCCCUGGAGUCCUGAGCAGGGACAGCUUGGGGACAGAGCAGAAGGGCAUUGGGAGCCUCCCCCAGAGGGUCGGAUGGAGCAGUCUUUAGUGGGGGCCACAAGUUGCAGAGAAGCGGGACGACCAAAGGAACUACAGUCGAAGAAGCUCCAUUUAUGUCCCUUGUGUGGCAAAAAUUUCUCUAACAACUCGAACCUAAUUAGACAUCAGAGAAUACACGCAGCAGAAAGACUGUGUAUGGGUAUGGGCAGUGAAAUCUUUAGUGGAAACCCACACUUUCUAUCACUGCACAGAGCACACUUGGGAGAAGAGGCCCAUAAGUGCCUCGAAUGUGGAAAAAGCUUCAGUCAGAAUACCCACCUGACUCGCCAUCAGCGGACCCACACAGGCGAGAAGCCCUAUCAGUGUAACAUAUGUGGAAAAAGCUUCUCUUGCAACUCCAACCUCCACAGACACCAGAGAACGCACACCGGUGAAAAGCCCUACAAGUGUCCUGAGUGCGGAGAGAUCUUUGCUCACAGUUCCAACCUCCUUAGGCACCAGAGAAUUCACACAGGAGAGAGACCCUAUAAGUGUGCCGAGUGUGGGAAAAGUUUCUCUCGCAGCUCUCACCUUGUCAUACACGAAAGAACUCAUGAGAGGGAGAGGCUUUACCCCUUCUCCGAGUGUGGGGAAGCAAUAAGGGACAGCACCCCCUUUCUGACAAAUCAUGGAACCCACAAGGCAGAGAAGAAACUCUUUGAAUGUUCGACUUGUGGAAAAAGCUUCCGGCAAGGCAUGCACCUCACCAGACAUCAGAGAACGCACACAGGAGAGAAACCAUAUAAAUGUACCCUUUGUGGGGAAAACUUUUCUCAUAGAUCUAAUUUAAUCAGGCACCAGAGAAUUCACACAGGAGAGAAACCCUAUACCUGUCACGAAUGUGGAGACAGUUUUUCUCACAGCUCCAAUCGGAUUCGUCAUUUGAGGACCCAUACAGGAGAGAGACCCUAUAGAUGUUCUGAAUGUGGAGAAAGCUUUUCUCGGAGUUCACGCCUUAUGAGCCAUCAGAGAACUCACACCGGAUAGAAACAAUGGGAUUUCGUUUUGUCCCAGAUAAGGUGGUAUAUUCAGAGGGUCCUGUUGUUGAGAGCUGGUAUUGCUUUUCCAGCUGACCAAAUCAUCUGUGUUUUUAAGGUAAUUACUAUAAAGAGUAAACAGGUGGGGAUGUGUGAGGGUCAUUGUGAGGCAGCAAAGGAUUUGCAUAAAACUAAAAAGGAAUUCUGUUUUGAACUAGUGAGGAUGGCAAGUCUUUGAGGUAACGUGCUAAGGGCAAAAUUCUCUGUGAUGUCUGCCCUGUCUCAUAUAUAUACCUACCCCCUUGGUAUAUUUAUCAAGUUGUGAUUUGGAGGCCUUACUGUGUCCGGUAUCUUUCCCAGCAACUUUGGGAAUCCAUGCGACUUUCUGUUACUGCUUCCUCACUUGGGACAUUCAACAGGAGCAGUUGAGCUCCUGAGGCCCUUGACACCAAAGAAGAGAGGCUGAGUCUCCUGGGAAACCAACUGGAGGGCAAGAAAAGACUGGUGGUGAGUUGUAGCUCUCCAGGGGCCCUGACAGGGAAGCCACCAGUACACCUCAGUGCUCGCUAGGAGAGUUCAUUGGCAGGCCAUGCAUGUAAAUGGCACCUCAGACAAAAGGGACCCAGAGACCUAAGGACCUAAGGGAAAUAAUAAGAUGGAAUUUUUAGGUCAGCCUAGGAAUUGGCAGAGAGACUGGAGUCUUGAAUUAGUCUACGCUUUGCAGAGAUCAAGACUUCCAUCUCUGUGAGAGAAAGAUAAACAGAGCUCAGGAGUCUUCAGAGUUUUGUGUAAGAUGGGUUCCCUGGGAGACUUUGAAAACAUGGAUCUUAGGAAGAAAAUUAAGGAUCAUGCCUUUCCAUUGGAGAUAUGUUUGGAUGGUAAUAAAUAUCUUUAGGAAAUGUGAAA